UUGGGCACACAAAGUUACAUACUUUUCUUGUACUACACUAAACAGCAUUUACUGAAGUGUACUGUCAAUUACUUAUCUAAAUAUCUAUCUAUACACCUCCAUCAUCCAUUUCUUCUACCCCAAUUGACUUGGAAGAAAAUUCAAGAGAGAAAGUCAUCAAAAUUGCAGAAAUGAAUAACGCUAUGGAUAUGACCAUGUCACCACCACCAUCAAAUAACCACAACCAUAUGAUGCACAUGACGUUUUUCUGGGGGAAAAACGCUGAAAUUCUCUUCUCCGGUUGGCCUGGAUAUAACAACAACAUCGGUAUGUACAUCCUCGCACUUUUCGUCAUUUUCCUACUCGCCUUCUUCGUCGAGUGGCUCUCACACACAAAUUACAUCAAAGAUGAUGCUAACCACGUGGCAGCGGGUUUGAUCCAGACCGGUUUAUACGGUGUUAGAAUUGGUUUGGCUUAUUUGGUUAUGCUAGCUGUGAUGUCAUUUAAUGGUGGCAUUUUUUUAAUGGCGAUUGCUGGGCAUACGUUAGGGUUUUUGGUUUUUGGGAGUAGGGUUUUUAAGAAGAAGUCGUUGACUGCUUAUGCUAAGGCAUCGGAUCUUCCUUCUAUGCCUUGUAAUUGUUGACAAAUUGAUAUAAAGAUAUUUAGUAGAGUGUAUAUUUUUUAUUUUUUUUUCAAAUUAUAAAUAGAUGUUUUGGA